AUGUGCCACUGUCAGUCAUAUGAAGAUACAACAGCAUCAGUGGAAUACAGCGUAAGCAGUAGUAGCAGCACCAGUGUUGGAGACCAUCCUGGUAGUCAUGAAAAAGGAAAGCUGUCAUUAGAACACACAAAUCACUCAAGAGAGGCAUUAAAUCUUCAAGCUAAUUCUCCAGAACCAAAAAAUUUUAUGUGGAAUACGAUCACGGUUCAAUACAAUCCAUUAAUAGAAGAAGAAUACGACGAACACUUCAAAGUUACCUGUGAAUACGGCUAUGAUUUCUGGAAAACCGUUACUUUCCCGUUUCUGGACGUUGAAGUUGCUACAGGUAAUCCUGUUGUGUUUACGCUGACUCCUCCAGAAUGUUACAUGGAAAUUCGGUAUGGAUACGGCACCACAGGUAAUAGAGUAACAGAGCCUGUGAGAGUUGGCGAUCCACUUACUCUUAUGAUUUAUAUGAGAAGCAAAUAUGAUGGAUUUGACAUUGUCGUUAAUGAUUGUUACGCACACAAUGGAGCGGCGAAGAAAAUUCAACUAAUUGAUGAAUAUGGUUGUCCUGUGGAUGACAAGUUAAUAUCAAGAUUUAGAGGAUCGUGGUCGGAUUCUGGAGUUUAUGAAACUCAGGUGUACGCAUACAUGAAGACUUUCCGAUUUACAGGAUCACCAGCUUUAUACAUUGAAUGCGAUGUUAGGAUGUGUCAUGGCAGAUGUCCGAGUCAAGCAUGUCAUUGGAGAAACAUUAAAAAUGUAAGGAAAAGAUCUACGGAUACAAAUCUUACGACCACUGCUCCAGUAUCGUUGUCAGAAAAUGUGAACUUAUUUCAGUCCUUAAGAGUUCUUCAAGAAGGCGAAACUGAUGAACAAAGGAAUAUAUCCGUGUCAAUACAAUUCCUGCACAAAAUACAUGCGCUCACUGCUUACAUUUGCAGCAUCGUAUCCAUGGUCUCUCUGGCUAAGGGAGAUAACAGCUUUGAUUGCAUUUUGCAUCGAGUUUUUAUCCCAGGUUUGCCUAUUUGUUUUUGUAUUUGCGACUACGAUCAAUGUAACAACAUAGAUUGA